AUGGACAACACGAUGAUCAUGCGCGAGGACCAGAGCGACGCCGACCUCGCCUUCAUGGACGAGGCCGUCCUCAUGGCAGAAGAAGCGCUUCACGCAAAAGAGAUCCCCGUCGGCUGCGUCCUCGUCCACGACGGCCGCAUCGUCGCCCGCGGCCGCAACCGCACCAACGAGGGCCGCAACGCAACCCUCCACGCCGAGUUCGACGCCUUGCGACACCUCCUCCCCGACCGCUCCCACUCGGUCACGCCCCAGCUCGUCCGCCCUUUCACCCCUCAGCUCGACGACGUCCUCGCCGUCUCGGGCGGCGCCAACGACCCGGCCCAGCGCAAAGUGUGGCAGACGCCGCUCAAGGGCGUCGCCCUGUACGUCACGGUCGAGCCCUGCCUCAUGUGCGCGUCGGCCAUGCGCCAGGUCGGCAUCGACAAGGUCUUUUACGGCUGCGCCAACGACCGCUUUGGCGGCACGGGCGGCGUCCAGUCGAUCCACUCCGACCCUCGACUAUUGUACGCGCCGCCGUACCCGGCCGUCGGCGGGUACCGGCGAGAGGAGGCCAUCAUGCUCCUUCGCCGCUUCUACAUCUCCGAGAACACGAGCGCUCCCAACCCUAAACGCAAGAACAACCGCGUCCUCAAAACCGACAUCCCCGAGGUCGCCCCUUCCCGAUCACCCUCCCUCGCCUCGCGCUCGUCCACCCCGAACCUUGCGCCGCCGUCGCCGGCACCCGCACCACUCGCUCCCGCCAUCCCGACUAUCUGA